UAAUUCUCCGCAGAUACUAAUGAUGUGUCGGUAGGGUUGAGCUCGCAGUGCGAACUCCACAAAAUUGCGACACGAUGCAAAUCGACCGGCGGAUUUUGAGGAAACCCAUUUACCUGGAUCAACACGACGGGACGUGUGCAUACCCGAUUGUGCCUCCAAUACGAGAACAUCACAAGCAAUCCAAAUAUACCGUUACCAUGACAACCAAUCCAUUGGCGCGCAGCCCCACAACGGCGCGGUCUACUGAGGACUUCUGCGGGAGCCCAUCCGAACGUCCCUCCCCACUGCAGUUCGAAGAGAAGCUCCCGCUGAACCGCAAAGGCACCGCUGCCUCGGAUCAAGCCGUGUAUACGGUAUCCCAAAGAGUGGAUGUGGAUACCAAACACGAAGUUCGGAACAAAGACUCGUACAUGCGCCGCGCCUCUGCACCCAUCAGUUCGCCCAACCAGCCCCCGCCCAAGCCCAUGGAAAUUAGCACACGCUUCACGGUGCCGCUGAAGGAGAACGCCGAGAUAGAGGAUGUGAUAGGCUAUGAUAGUAAUAAGGAUAGCGACCAAGAAGUCGAUUCCGCGGGGUUUCAAGAGAUUUCGGACCGGUCCAAGUCUGGCCGAAGGAAGGACAGGGGUGCACGGGUGUGUACAAAGUGUGGCAAGAGUACAAUAUACGUUACCAAGGGUGUGGACGGGUCAUAUACGGUCCCGAGGAGACGUAGGAGGGGUACCAUGGAGGUCUCAGCAGGGGGUGUGAAUAUGGACACAGAAGAACAAUAUACAGAUGAGGAUAUAGAUAUAGGGGGCAUGAACUUAGACGGAAUGCUGAUAUCCGGUAUAAACAGCACUUUCAUCGGGAACGAUCAAGAUGGGAUCGCGUGGGGUGAAAGUUCGGAUGAUAUCGAGGAAUGGGCCGAUGAUGUGGGUGAGACAGAGUUGGUGGACUACGCCAAGGUGUGCAGCUUGCUCGGGGGGUCGGAUGACAGCGACAGUGACAGUGAGAGCGAAGUAGGUGAGAGUGUAUCUGAGGCUUACGAGGGUGACGGAACUGAGAGUGUCGAUAGCUUACUACCCAGUACGUACGAACAGGAGAAUGCGUCGUCUGAGAGUGACGCCGGGGAGGAUCUCGGAGACGGAUGGAGUGACCUCAGCAGUGGUGAGAGUUCAGGUUCAUCGGACAGUGAGUCUGAGUGUGGGUGUGUCUCAAGUGCUGACAGCACCGAUGAAAGGGAAACCAGCUCCUCGGAUGAGCUGGAGGAUGACAAUCUGAUGAAGAAAUCGGGUAACCACGCGGUGUCUCAGUCUUCAGAGACCCCCUCCAAGGCCCGCUCAAUUCCGCAAAUGGCCAUCAACGAGUUCUUAGACGCAGUAGCGAGUAGUGGAAGUAUAUUGCCACCUGCGGACAACGCAAACACAACACCUACAAAAUAUAUCAAAGAUUCACUCAGCUCGGGCUCCAAUAGUACUCCAACACCCGGGUACGGCCUGGUGAUAGAUGCGGCGGGUAAUAUCAUACCAUCGGCCAUGAGGAAAAGCUCCAUAGAAAGCCCGUUACGAAGCUCUAGUUGGGCGGACCAAACUCGCGAGGGUCCGUUUCUCAGUACUAAAGCCGAUUCGCCAUCGAGGUCUCGGCCCGCUUCACCCCCACAACGGGACGGACUGUCCCCGUCACCGCCCCUGGUGUUCUACGCAUACUCGGGGAAGGGCCACGCACACCGCCAACGGCAACACACAGACAGGCAUGCGCCACACGGGGCAUUUAUGCACACACACGGCCAUGAUCACGGCACAGAGGGCAGGAGGCAUCGGCCCUUUGUGCACCCGCAGAGGGGCGGGGGGACGGGGACGGGUCUGCGUGCACAACCACACACACAUACACAUACAUAUAAACCGAACAGUGCGCGUCCGCAAACGUAUCCCCACACCCCGGCCCUUUUACAGAACCAUACUCUGGGCCCUUCAUACACAUACACACACACACAUGACACAACGCAACAGCACCUGUCACGCUCUCAGUCGCAGCAUGUGGGGACGCGGAAAUUAACGCGGGAAGAGAUCAGUGCCAUUGAUCAACAGAUGCGUGCGCGUGUUCCUGCGCGGUACGACCAACAACCGGCUUGUUUAGGAGCUGUCAAGUUCAGCGAGUCCGUGAUGAUGGUACCCCUACCCGAGAACGAUGACACGCGUAAUGCCCGUAUGGGCACGUGGGUGCAGGACGCCAUGCGCGAAAGACGGGCGGAGAUGAUGGCCAAUGCCAAUGCUGCUGCCGCUGCGUUCCAACAACAACAACAGACGGACUCCUCGCCCGACAUAUUCAGUUCAUCGCAGCACACACUGAGCUUCGACUUUGCAGCCACCGCGCCUGCGAACAGCCCAGAGAACAACGGCACAACCUCAUCGCCCACAAGCAGCACGAGCACGCCGAGUGUAUCAAGCAGUACUAGUACACCCAGUGCAUCAAGGCAGGUUUCCGCUACCAAGGCGAAGUCAGGCGCAGAUACCAGUGAUUACGCGCAGAAACAAGCACCGGUGGUGUUCCUGCAGCAUGUGCGGCGUCCGCGGGCCGGCAGCAAAAAUACUACUACCAAUAUUAAUACCAAAAUCAAUACCAAUAUUAGUACCAAUACCAUUACCAAUACAACACCUGAGCAAGACAGUUCGGUACCUACGGGCACCUCCGAUAUGCUGGACACCGAUACAGAUACAGACAACGACGUACCGGACUUUAUGACCGAGUAUGCUGACCUGGCGAGCUGCUCGCACGACACACCAUCGCAUAUUGACUUAGGUGCGGUGGAUGUAGAUCUGAGCCGCGUGAAUAUAGGCAGCGGUGUGGCGGUGGGCGUGGGCGUGGGGAUGGGGUCGACCUAUGAGGAGGCCUACGCAGCCGCGGUGCGGGCGGGGAACAUAGCGGUGCAGAAGAACGCGCAGGCGCAACAGGCGACGGCUCACAACCAGGCCAUUUCCGUGUCACGGACCGGUACUAAGCUUGCGCAUAGUCAGAAGGACGCACGUGGUGGUAGUGAUGGGAGAGAUAAGGGCUCCGGGUACCCCGGGCCUGUGUGUGGGGUGAAUCACUGCUGUGCCAUUUGCCGCCCUGAGUUCUCGUUUGUGGAGUGGAUCUUCGAGGUGGAGCGGCGCGAGAAGCUGUGGCUACACGAGCACAAGUUGUGCGACUGCUACCAGGCCAAGGGACUGGUGGUCUGGCCAGAAGACGGAUGAGGGCUCUACUGUGGGAGGGGAGUAUAGUACGGGCGAAUAUCGAGGCAUGACGUACGUAGCCUUGUGAAGUGUAUGUAUUACUUGAAUACCGUAGCCGAUGGGAUACUUGUAGAAGUCGCAGUAGAGUCCAUUCGGAAGAUUGACAUAUAGUAAAAUAUGGGAUACUCCCCUGCAUCUAUCUAUCUG